AUGAUGAUUAAUUGGUUCGACACCCUUCUCGAUUACACAUUCAAUGUCGUUCAUUUACCUGGAACUAAAAACAUCUUACCAGAUCAUCUCUCUCGCCUUUUUGAAGGGAAUACCAAAAGGCUGGAGGGGGAUAUGGCAUAUAAGCCAAGCGAGUUAAGCGAUGCAACACAUAAAAGGAUCACCUCCGAAAGGUUUGCAUCCAAGACACAACGUGUUUUCCGCGUACACAAAAUAGAAAACAAUGACAAUGAACGCAUGACUGCACCAAUCGAAGAACGUAACGCAAUACUAGAAAGAUCUCAUUUACUUGGCCACAUUGGAGCUGAAGCCAUGGUCAAAGACAUACAUCACAACCAAGGUUAUCAUUGGACAAACAUCUUACAUGAUGCAGUAGACUACGUAAAGAAAUGCCAAACGUGCCAAAGAAACAACAUUAGCAAACGAGGAUACCACCCUCUAAGACCAAUCUACGCAUACUUACCAGGCGAUCAUUGGGCUAUGGACCUCGCUGGUGAUUUCGAGGAAUCCGACAGCCACAACAAAUACCUGUUAAUAUUGGUCGACGUGUGCACCCGAUUCUGCCUAUUGAGGCCUAUACCAAACAAAGAAGCUGUAACCAUUGCCAAAGAAUUGGUCAAAGUAUUUUCAGACUUUGGAUACCCACGCAUCAUACAAUCUGACAACGGUGCUGAAUUCAAAAAUCAGCUACUCAAAGAAGUGCUUGACAACAUCGGUGUUGAUCACCGACUUACCACACCGUAUCACCCACAAGCCAAUGGGCUAGCAGAACGAUGGGUCCAAUCAGCUGUCAUGAUCAUACGUAAAUCAAUAGAUGGCACCAGCAAAGACUGGGAUUACUUUGUACCAGCCACACAAUUGGCAUUGAAUAACAAAAUAUCCAAAAGACUAAACACACCACCAUUCACAUUAAUGUUCGCAAGGAAGCUCAAUCCUUUUCGCGAUUACAGGAAUGACAAAGUGUUUAGGCCUAUGACACAGGCACAGCUUUUAGAGAACAUCGAGCACAUGACCAACAUUGUAUUCCCCGCUAUAAAAGAGCGCACAGACUUUGUGGUACAACAACAAAAAGAGCACUUUGACAAUACACAUAACAUCAUAAACUUUACACCUGGAGAUCAUGUCAUGGUUAAAAUACCUACGCGUACAGGCAAGCUAACACCGGUAUAUGAAGGCCCUUAUAGGGUACUACGUAAAAACAAUGGAGGUGCAUAUGAAUUGCAAGAUGAAACGGGUGAAUUACUCCCUCGCAAUUACACACCCUUAGAGCUCAAAUUGGUUGAACAAGAGGAAUUAGUUCCCGCCGAUGAGCUUUAUGAAGUAGAAUCCAUUAUCAAUCACCGUGGCAAAGCCGGCAAUCGCGAAUACCUAGUCCGAUGGAAAGGAUACGGACCACAAGAUGACUCCUGGUUAACACCUGACAAGUUUUCCUAUGACAAGACUAUCAAGACAUAUUGGCAACGAAGAAAAACUCACUCCACCAACAACGACCUUCCAGCAUCAACGAGAAAACGCAAACGAGCAACAACCGAUUCAUCCACGGACAGCCCAACACGACGCAACAAACGAUCACAGCAAGCUUAG